GUGGAAAAAGAGAAGAAUUUGGCAACUUGCACUUUCAUGGGAAGGUGUGACCGGUCACCGGUGUACUAUUAGAGCUCUCUCACCUACCCGCCCUGUCUAUGCAAACCGCAAAUCCCAAACCAAACCCACCCUUCUUCGACUAGUUCAAUUCCAGUCAAGGAGAACCAGGAGCGUCUCACUGGCCGGAGAAAAUGGCCUCCCAGAGCAGCAUGUUCGUCGUACGCCCAAUGGAGUCUCCGGCGACCGUAGCUCCUCGUUUUCCGGUGGCGAUCACAUUCAAUUCGCGCAGCGGAGCAGCGGGUUCCGAAAAUGUUUCUAAAUUGAGCAUUAGAAGAAGUGGUAGAAGAAGUAAGUUAGUUUUGGUGUCUGCACUGGGUGAUCGUAGCAGCAGUAGCACCGGCGGCGAUGGUAAUAGUAAUAGCAAGGGCAAGGCGGCAUCAUCAGUGCCUAGCUCGAAUUAUGUCGUACCCUUGGACAAUCCCGCCUCCUCAUGCAUCACUCGUCCCCUGGCUGAGAUUCUUCGAGACCUCAAUAAGCGGAUCCCUGAUAACAUCAUCGUUAAAUAUCCUGAUAGUAUUCAGGCGGCGUCCAUCCCUUGGUACCAUGCCAACAGGAUGUUGAGUUUCUAUGCUCCAGGUUGGUGUGGAGAAAUACGUGAUGUAAUUUUCUCAGAUACUGGAAGUGUGACUGUGGUGUAUCGCGUCACUGUACGUGCAACUGAUGGCGAGGCACACCGUGAAUCAACUGGAACUGUGUCUUCCACCCCGAAUGGUCAGAUUACUGAUCCUGUUGCUGCAGCUGAAGAAAUAGCUUUUUGCAAAGCAUGUGCUCGAUUUGGACUCGGGUUAUACUUGUACCAUGAAGAUUAAUUAGAUGAAGUAAAGAAUUUUCAUAUGAGAGAACUUGAAUAAUAAUAUAUGGUAAAAUGUUUCUUUUUUAAAUCAAAAGGGUAGGAUAUCUGAGUACUUCCCAUGCUACUACCUUUCAAGGGGUAAACUAUGUUAAAGAUG